AUGCCAAGAAAGUCUUUUCUGAGUGAUCAUCAGAGCUUAGAUAGUUCUUACUUAGAUAGGAAUAGUCGGUGUAAUAAGCCGGAGCCGGCCAUUCCGGCAAAACGAGCAAAAAGUGCGAAUUCGUCGCCCUCCUUAGCUCCCACUUGUCAAGUCCUCGGGUGUAACAAGGACUUGAGUUCCUCCAAGGAUUAUCACAAGAGGCAUAAAGUGUGUGAUGUUCACUCGAAAACGGCUAUGGUUAUUGUUAAUGGCAAACAACAAAGGUUCUGCCAGCAAUGCAGCCGAUUUCACGUGCUUGCCGAGUUUGACGAAGGCAAACGUAGCUGUCGUAAACGCCUUGCUGGCCAUAACGAGCGCCGGCGAAAGCCUCAGCUCGAAUCUUACUUUAGUUCCUCAUAUUUAUCGACAAAUGCAUCAAAAACAUCCUCGAUUUUCCCAAGAGUCUUUCCCAACAGCUUCUACUAUCCGCAAUGUAAUAACAAUAAUAAGCCACUUACCAAUAAUGCCCUCCUUAAACUCGAAGACGAUCCAACCCAAAUACCUUCAUACACACCAAACAUGAAAUUUGGUCAGUCAUUUCAUGCCCCGUUUACCCAUUUCGCCAGAAAAAGGUCCCCAAACAAAUACGGUUCGGUUCAAGAGUCACCUGUGGGUUCGAGUAACUCCAGCUGUGCUCUCUCUCUUCUGUCAUCCCAAUCACACAACUUAAUAAACAACAACAGCUCAAUGCCCGAAAAGUUUACUGCUACUACUGUGAAUUUUAGUCCAUCUCUAAGUGACCAGCAACAAAACGAGACCCUCAAGAGCUAUUCGUGUCCGGAAGAUUCCGAGACGGUUAGUUUGGUCGAAUUAUCUUCGUAUCUUCAAAGAGUUGAACAACGAAAAUAUUAUGAAAAAACGUGUCUCUUGUGA